AUGAUAGUGGCAGCUUUUAGGGAACCGAGUGAGGUAGUAAAACCCAUCACUUAUGAUCAUGGUGCUGGGGUUGACCUUAAGGUAGAAAAAGUAAUGGAUAUCCUUCGAGCUAGGUCAGUUGGGAGUCUCAGAAGUGAGCGAUUAGCCAAUAUGAUUGGGUGUUGCUGCGAAGGAGAUGAAAGGUUGCUCGUGGCCGAGUUUAUGCCCCAUGAAACUCUCGCUAAGCAUCUUUUUCACUGGGAUGCUCAACCAAUGAAAUGGGCCAUGAGAUUGAGGAUGGCUUUGCAUCUGGCACAAGCUCUGGAGUAUUGUAGCAGCAAAGGACGUGCAUUGUAUCACGAUCUCAAUGCCUACAUGGUUUUAUUUGAUCAGGAUGGCAAUCCCAGACUAUCAUACUUUGGCCUCAUGAAGAAUAGCAAGGACGGCAAGAGUUACAGUACAAACUUAGCAUUCACUCCUCCGGAGUACCUGAGAACUGGUAGAGUGACACCAGAAAGUGUGGUUUACAGCUUUGGAACGUUGUUGCUGGAUCUUCUGAGUGGAAAACAUAUACCCCCUAGUCAUGCACUUGAUCUAAUUCGUGGCAAGAAUUUUCUGAUGCUUAUGGAUUCUGCUCUAGAGGGUAAUUUUUCAAAUGAUGAUGGAACUGAAAUUGUGCGUUUAGCUUCCCGUUGUUUGCAGUAUGAAGCACGUGAGAGACCAAAUUUAAAGUCUCUUGUCACUUCUUUCAUGUCUCUUCAGAAAGAAACAAAGCCAGGUCUUAAUGAGAAAUUAAAAUGCAUGAAGCAACAUUCACAGUUGGAAGUUUCUUUGAUUAACAUUCAGGUUUAA